AAAGGACAGAUGUGUCCUUCCAUUGGCAACGGCUAACUACCCGUCACUCGACUCUUGCUCACAGUAUCCACUUUUCUUCCUAGUUCCUACUUCACACCCUAACAAUCACUACCUUCAAUUUCACUUCAUCAAUCUCAUGAUUGCCGCCAUGGAUCUCCUCCACUGUACUUCUCAUUCCUCUACCCUCAGAUUCUUUUGCCCCCAUUUUUCUUCCCCUACACCUCUCCGCCGGCGAUUCUUCAGUGUAAGGUUGAGUCUUCCAUUUCCAAAUGAGAAAGCUAACUAUCACAAAGAGCUGGAAGCUGCAGUAGGUGUUGUGGAGAGAGCUUGUCGUCUUUGCGUUGACGUAAAAAAAUCACUGUUGUCCAGUGACGGAGGGAUUCUUGAAAAGAAUGACCAAACUCCUGUUACAGUCGCAGAUUUUGGGGUGCAAGCUCUAGUUAGCUUGGAGCUGAAUAAAUUGUUUCCCUCUGUUCCCUUGGUGGCUGAAGAGGACUCUGCCUUUUUGCGUUCAAAUAAUCUGGUGGAUUCUGUGGUAAGUACGGUUGCUGAUCAAGCAAGCUUUGGUGAUGAUCCAUUGACUGAGGCUGAUGUGUUGGAUGCAAUUGACAGAGGGGGGAAGGAUGCUGUUGCCUUUGGAAGAAAGCCAGCCACGUAUUGGGUAUUGGACCCAAUUGAUGGCACACGAGGGUUUUUAAAGGGAAGUGAAGCCUUAUAUGUGGUAGGUUUGGCUCUUGUGGUUCAAGGAGAGAUUGUUUUAGGUGUUAUGGGCUGCCCUAACUGGAAGGAAGACAAAUCUUACAAAUCCACUGCAGAGGUGCAGGGAAGCAAGAACAUACCAUUGGGAUCAGGGGUUAUCAUGGUUGCUCAUGUUGGUUGUGGAACAUGGACUAAGAGGUUGCCAGAUAUGCUGGGUACCUCAGCCAAAACAUCUGAUUGUUGGACCAGGACCUUUGUUGACAGGUGUCAAUUGGUACAUGAGGCAUGUUUCUGUAUUCCAGAGAGUCAAACGUGGGAUUCAUUGCCACUGUCAGCUUUAUUCAACGCGACAACUGAUGCUAAAAGUAUAGGGGACAAAGAAAUUCUUCUUUUGCCCAAAUGCUGUGGAAGUUUAUGCAAGUAUUUGAUGGUGGCUUCAGGUAGGGCAUCAGUAUUCAUUCUUCGAGCAACAGCUCAAAAACAUAUAAAGGCUUGGGAUCAUGCGGUUGGUGUGAUAUGUGUGCAGGAAGCAGGAGGAAAGGUUACUGACUGGAAAGGGAAUGAGCUUGAUCUUGGUGCAGAUCAAGUUGAACGACGAAUCAUAUUCCCUUCAGGCGGUGUUGUCGUGAGCAAUGGCAACAUACAUUAUAAGAUCCUAGAGAUGAUCUCUUCCACUUCAUCGUUUGAAGGGGAUGCUAUCCUAUCUUGAUGUUUCUUUUAGCUUUGAA